AAUGGUCAAGUUGUAAUCAUAAUCCAUGCAGAGAUCCCACAGUACAUUAUACAUCCUUUUGAAAAGUACGUCUGUUGUUUUUCGAACAUUCAUAGCCUGAUUUUCGAAAGAUGAAGGGAAUUAAAGCAGUGAGGUACUGGUUUAUCAGGAUGUUGCAUGCCUCCUUCUUGACCCAUGGAAUCUUUUCUUCAUCGUGUGACAGAGACUGUGAAGUCACAGACAUCUGGAAUGCGAUGAAUUUAGUUGUGCACAUUUCUGGAGAAUCUGGUUUUAAGAUGGAUUUCUGUUCAUCUUUCAGUUUUUCAAGAAGGAUCUUUUGAGCCUCUUUUGUUGCAUGCAGGUCUUUCUUUGCUUGACCAGCACCCUUUUUUGAUGCUGUUGCGUUUUCUGCAUGACUUUUUUCAGCUGAAGACCCAUCCAUCACAGUGAAGCGAGCUGUGUGCUUCGUUCCCAUUUUUUGGUUUGCUUUUUUACAAAGAUCUCCAAGUAAUGUACAGAAACUUGCUAUUAUCAAGUCCAGGUUGGUGUCAAAACUUGGAUCUUGGUUGAAUCUCAGUUGCUUCAACACCUCCUCAGUUAUUAAGAGGAUCAAGGUGUUGCAGGCAUGGGACGUUGCAGCAUCUUUCUUGCUGUUUAGGACCUCCGUGAAUGCUUUGGGAACCGUCUUGGUGACAAGGUCCAUUACAAAUGUUUUUGUUGGCGAAUUUGUAUUCCUUUUUUGCAGAUAUUUUGAGAUCCGUUUGACCAUUUUUGUCAUCAGAUCCUUGAUUAUUUUUUUUUAUUUGGGGUCCGGUUGUCCAGAGAUCAGUUGGAUUCCCUGGGACUCUGAGAAUUUGUGUAAGUCAAAUCCCAGAGUGAUUGCUAUAUCCCUGCACAAAUCUGAGAAGUGUUGUGGUGCCAUCUUUUAUGUUGUGUCUUGGGUUCUCUAUGUGUUUGUGGUCUGCUUGUGGUUCGUUUGUUCCGCCUUUGUUGGAGCAGUUGCUUAAAUCCUAGGAAAAAAAAAUGGGCAUGUUAGUGACAUUCCGGGCCUCUCUUAUGAGGUCAUCAUCACAGUAUGUCAUCACAAAUAUAAGCAAACUGUCAUGGUUCAACCUGCUUCUUCUCUCUCCAACCACCAGAGGGAGCGCUCGCCUGAGUUCUAACCUCAUCCACCUGUCUUCACCUGGACAUUUAUCCUCAGCUGUUUCCCAUUUGCUCAUCAGCCCACCUGUAUUUAGUUGUGCCACUCUCCUGAACUCACUGUGAAGUCUUGUCUUUCUGCAUCCUGUCUAAGCGUUCUUUCCUGGCCUGUUUCUCUGUGUCCUGACCUUUGCCUGCCUCCUUGACUAUUCUGACCGUCCCUGUGUUUGACCCAAGCCUGUUUUUUGACCACGCCUUGUCUGAUCCUGUGUCUGAAUUAAAUCCUUGAUUGCGCAUGGAUCCACACGCCUCUGCCUCUUUGUCACAGAAGACUUCACCUCACCUGGAUCCAGCAUCAAGGGUGUCCUCGCCUUUGAGUUCUCCUGAGUUUGCUGCCAUGCUUUUGGAGCACGGCCGUCAGCUUCACCAUCUGACUGCAGCCACGGGUGCCAUCAUGGAACAGCUUAUUGCUAAUCCAGCAGCUACAGCUACUACAUCCAGGCCCACAUCUUCCACAUCCAUGGGCCCGGAGAACCUUUCAUCUGCCACAAACCCUGUUUCCAGUCCACGUCUGUCCUUACCAGAUAAGUUCACAGGGAAACCAGAAUAGUGUAAUGGUUUCCUCAUGCAAUGUCAGCUGUUCCUGCAUCAACAGGCUCAUCUUUACCAAACUGAAGAAGCAAAGGUCUCCUUCCUGUGUUCACUGUUAUCUGGUGAUGCCCUGGAGUGGUUGGCUGCCGUGUGGUCAGGAGGGUCUUUACCGUUCCACUCCUACGACGCCUUCACUCAGCUGUUACGUUCCGUGUUUCACCACGCCCCUGAUGGGAAGGACCCUGAACGGCUCAUAGACAUCAAACAGGGCAAAGACACAGCCGCAGCAUAUUCAUUACGCUUCCGGACUCUAGGAGCUCAAACUACGUGGUCCCCAAGUAGUUUAUUUUUCUAUAUUUCGCAGAGGUCUGUCUGUGGAGUUGCAACGAGAGAUUGCCUGCCGUGACGAAGACAUGGAUAUUGACCAGCUCAUUGGGUCAUCUACCAGUCCAUGCAGGACUGUUAGUCAGGAGGACCAAGUAUUGGAGAAAAAUGGAAGCUGUGACCCAGAUAAAAUCCUUCAGUGUCCGUACGACAAAAACCACCAGAUCCGCAACAGCAGGUUCCCAUUUCACAUUCUGAAAUGCAGAAAGAAUCACCCAAAGUUGGCCAAAGAGCUGAGGGCCUGCCCUUUCAAUGCUCGCCACCUGAUUCCAAAACAAGAGCUGGCUCAACAUAUUGAGAUGUGUGAGAACCGGAGAAGCCCUGAAGAAUCUGAAGGGAAAGAUGAAGACUUUGCAUGGCGUGUUCCUGUCCUACCACAGGAAAAUCCUUGCAAGACGGAGGACUGGGACAUGGAGGCAGACGACCAUGUUGCUCCAUUUGUGUUGUGGCGAUCUGUUUGUAUAUAUAUCGCCACGGUGUAGAUCACCUGUGCGGGGAAUGGCCAGGGGGCGGGGCCCUUGAUUAGAGUCCGAUCAGCUGUGAAAGAGAGAGGAAGAAAAAGAGAGGAAUCUGGCGGAGAGGAAGAGACGUGAGGAGAGCGCAGAGA